GCACGUUUUUCUGCACAACACCGUGCCUCUCGUUAGGUUUACAAACCCUGCGAAGAUGGCGACUACAGGGAGGAGUGCAUUAUUAUCCUCCACAUCAGCUGGACCUAAGAGCACACUGGAGAGCUCCAACCCAGAGGAAGAAGACGGACAGAACCUAUGGUCCACCAUCCUGAGUGAAGUUUCUACCCAUUCAAGAUCCAAACUACCGUCUGGGAAAAAUGUCCUGGUCAUGGGUGAGGUGGGCUCAGGGAAGACUACCUUGGUUGCAAAACUACAAGGUAUUGAGGAUUACAUGAAAGGCCGUGGCCUGGAAUACCUCUACUUCAGCGUCCAUGAUGAUGAUAUUGAUGAUUACACACGGUGCAAUGCCUGGGUCUUGGACGGAGACCUUUACCACAAAGGUCUGCAGGGAGUAGCUGUGCCAGUGAGUUCGAUUGAAGACACUUUGCUGCUGAUAACUGUUGACAUGUCACGGCCGUGGAACGCCCUGGACUCCCUUCAGAAGUGGGCUGCCGUUGCUAGGGAACACAUCGACAAACUCCGAGUUGCUCCAGAAAAGCUGCGGGAGCUGGAGCACAAAAUCGUAAAACAGUUUCAGGAGUACACAGAGCCAGGCAGCGGAGAGGAUGGCACGCCGCAGAGGAGGAGUGAUGAAGAGGAGGGCGUGCUUCUGCCAUUAGGGGAUAACACAUUGACACACAACUUAGGAAUACCGGUGGUGGUGGUCUGCACAAAGUGUGAUGCUAUCAGCACACUGGAGAAGGAGCACGACUACAGAGACGAACACUUGGACUUCAUCCAGUCCCACAUCAGACAUAUCUGUCUGCAGUACGGCGCCUCUUUGCUUUACACGUCAGUGAAGGAGAUGAAGAACCUAGACAUCCUUUACAAAUAUCUUGUUCACAGACUCUAUGGCUUUCCCUUCCACUGCCCGGCGCAGGUGGUGGAGAAAGACGCCGUCUUCAUUCCGUCAGGUUGGGAUAAUGAGAAAAAGAUCGCCAUCCUUCAUGAGAACUUCCAGACGCUGAAAGCAGACGACAGCUUUGAGGAUGUAGUAGUCAAACCGCCUGUUAGAAAGAUUGUCCAUGAAAAGGAGAUUCAGGCGGAAGAUGACCAAGUGUUUCUGGUAAAGCUUCAGUCGCUGCUUGCCAAACAGCCCGCUGUGACACCAGGGCGACCAGUGGACACCACUAGCAGGGCACCCACUGGCUCCCCAAGAACAAGCAAUCGCUCGGCGGCGGCCAACGUUGCAAACGCCAUGCCGCAGUCAGGUCAGACAAGUGAGGGCGUGCUGGCCAAUUUCUUCAACAGUCUACUGACAAAGAAAGCUGGGACAGGAGGGCCCGGGACACCAGGUGGUAACAACACUCCAGGAACUGUACGGAAGUCAGCAGUCGAUGCACAUGAUUCUAACUAAGGCUGGGCAGUUCAACAUAUCAGGCUCAAAGCUGGGAUUGAGCGACGUCCAGGCAGAGCUGGAUCGCAUAGCCAAUCGGGAAACGGACUCAGACUUGUCCAAUGCCAACGACGCCACCGAUGGCCAGGACACAUGAAGAGCAACGCACUUCACCCCUGCUCUCCUUCUAUUCUCUCCUCUGCACCUCCAUCCACCUCCCUUUUCCCCCUACACCAUCACCCUCCUCUUCAUCAGAAAGAUUUGGGGGCGGGGGGAUCGGACGAGCGGACAGAUACAGUCCUUCUUAUCAGUUUCUUCUCAAGGAGAAGAACUCGCCAUCUCUUCCCCCUUACGUCUCCCCUCACCAACACCUCGUUCCCACCCUCUUUGUUUUUUUGUGUUUUUUUUGGUUCCGUCUUCUCAGCUGUUACACCAAGGACAAGUUUGUGUCACUGUUACAUACUGUGGGGAAAGCAGCAGGGGGGACCAGCUGGGGUGAAAGGGGGCGGUUGGAAAAAAUGCAAGAAUGAAAGUAAGGGUAUUUUAUCCAUCCAUUUAUUGCGAUGGUACGGUUAAUGUUUUUACGGAAUAAAUGCUGAUGGUGAGACUGCACUUGGGUAAAAUAGGAGUGAUUGUGUGUUUAUUGGACAAGAGGCAACAGAUGGAACAAAAAAAAAUAAAUAUCUGCAAGCUAUCUUUUUUUUUUUUUUUUUUAAUGAAGGGAAAACAUACCAGUAUUUGUAUGUAUGUGUGUGUGUGUUUGUAUGAAUAAAUGUUUGAAUUAAGAAUAUAAGAAUGGGAUCGAUAGAGGAUAAUUAGAAAAGUUUCACUCACAAACCAUUCUGUUAAGAGGCUUUUGGUCUGAACACUACCAGAUGAGAAAAGUCAACUACCUUCUCGAUACACUACCAUUACACCAGCUGCAUCUGUUACACCCCGAACUUUAUGGAAAUAUUAAAAAAAUAAAAAAACUUUGGUACUGAAACACUACGGUUUCUUGUUCUAUAAUAAGCAAAAUGACCCGGUGAGGUGCUUGUAGAUAAGACAUAAGCACUUGCAAAUGUAAUGCUCUGGUUGGGGGGGGGUGGUUGGGGUUUAGGGGGAGGAGGCAUUACAGCCAAGGAGGCUCACAUUCGGAAUGUACAGUCAUUGUCUCGCUGAUUGGUCCUGUUAUUUCAGAGCUCCGUGUUGGCGUUUGUAUAAUCAAGACAUGUCAAUCAGUCAAAUAAAAAGGUGUAUUUAUUCGGA